AUGGACAACAACGUGACGAGUGCAGGACAAUCAAACCAAGCGAUCAACGACAAUCAUCGUUGUUCUCAAUGCAAGAAAGACCACGCAAAGUGCGUGGACCACGAGACGGACUGGCGGUGCAGGUUAUGCGUCAAGAAGGGUCGUUCAUGCAGCGCGCGGAUACGAGCAGGAAGUGAAACUACAAGCAGUGGUAACGGCUCCGAGUUCACCGCAACUAUAUUCGCGAUUCUGGGCCUUCUCAAUCUCUGUCAACUUCAGUGUGACAAGAUUUAUAGCAUCAUCUACCCCUUUCCAUGUGUGAAUCCCUUCGACCUGACCUCGGCCUUUCUCAGUCAGAGCUGGGCAUUGAGUAGCUCGCUUCGAAGCGUCGCAAGCGCAAUUCGGAUACAAAACAGUGUGUUCGGUUUCAUCUCACAGCACGUGCUCAUGAGUCAGUAUGCCAUCUGGACGGGAGUUUUCUUCCGUCAACUCCAUCAGAACCUGGCCUAUCACCCGCAUCGAUCAGCAGAAGCCAUAUCAACAGCUAAUGCUGCAGAUAUAUACUCUUGCGUGCGGCACAUUUUGAACCCAAGUCAAGGUGCUAAUUUCCCUUAUCAACCUCAUCAAUCGUCUCUGCACCAACGUAUCGAAAGAUACCGGAAAACCGAGUGGAAUGUGAACCACUUCCUUCAAUCUCGGUAUAUUGGAGUGGCUCUCGCUUCCGUAGCUCAACUUAGUGCCGUUGUACAACUGAAAAGCUCCUUUCCAGCAUGUCAUAUUGCUUAUUGGAAUGGUGACAAGCAAGCUGCCGUUGAACUAUGGAAGCAAACCUCUUGCGACAUUGACAUUCUUGGCAGGACAUUCGCUCACGUCGUGGCAGAGGCAGGUGACUUGAAAAUGAUGCAGGAAAUAUACGCCAUUUGUCCAAGGGCUCUAAGAUAUGCAGGGGCAGACCUUCGUGGACUGACGGUAUUUGCUUUGACGAUCGCCCGAGGAUCUCCUGAAUGUUGCAAUUUCAUGCUAGAGAUUCGACCAGAUGUUCCGUCCGUUACAGAGGCCGGACCACGACUACUGGACCUCGCUCUCGCUUCGGGAAACAAAGAGAUUGUCGACCGGCUUAUCGAGUUCAACUUUGCAUCGCCACCAUUUACGCAGAAUAUGGUAAAGGCUAUUGAGCUUGGACGUGCAGAUCUAGGAAGCAGCUUCCUGCAAUGGUUGAACCGAGCACCUUAUGCCUCACAACUCGAGAUCCAGAAUUUAGCUCGUCUUGCUGCUACAGUGGCUGAAGAGCUUGGUCAACGUGCAGAGUUUGCUCAGGGGCAAGGAUGGCAUGGAAGUGAAACAGAUCUUCGAACGAGGCAUGGCAUGAUGGUCGGACUCUGGUGUGACUUGCAGAAUAUCAGAGUGGUUCCAGCAGUUGUGCAGGAUGCAACACGGUCUCUUACGACGAUGCAAAUUCCUGACGAUGAUGGUCUCUUGUGA